AUGCUACACUCUCCUCACAACCCUAGCGAUAAAGAGAGAUCACUUCCCCUCCCCUUCCUCCUACACACUCACACCACCGUCUCCAGCAACACGAACCCAGCUCCUUCCUCGGACACAGUGUUCGCGAAGGACGUCGCGAGAAUCCCACGCUCGUCCUGCUACACUCUACCCCACUCCGCUGUAGUACCAUACGCAAGAGCGGACAUGACAGACAGCUACACCACCCAUCACACACCGCAGAUCACGCUAUGCAGGGCAGCGGUGCAUGUGAAGCGCCCCACCAGCAGAACAAGCCCACAGGUCCAGAUCGCACCCUCUCAACACCGCUGCCCGCUUGACCUGGUAGUGUCCUCCCCGCCAUCUCACUAUUUCCUACAGCCAGAAUUCGACGACUAG